GCGGGCGGCUCCCGCCUCAGCCUCAGCAGUGGCGUCGGCGACGGCGGAGUCGAAGCAGCCGCGAGCGCUCCGCCGAGUAUCAGCCGGCGGCGACGGCUCAAGAACUGGGAGUUAGGGACACGCGCACCGGACCCUCCGCCUCCGCCGCCGCCGCGCCGCGGCCGCCGCCCAGAGCCUGAGGCGCCGGGGCCUGGGGAGCCGGCGGGGGGCGGGCGGGCGAGCGAGCGGGCCGGGGGGAGGGUGGGGGAUGGCGCGGACCCCGGGGCCGGCUCCGCUGUGUCCCGGAGGCGGCAAAGCACAACUUUCCUCCACUUCUCCCCCCGGGGCCGGGCUCCUGCUGCCGCCCCCGACGCCGCCGCCGCUGCUGCUGCUGCUGCUCUUCCCGCUGCUGCUCUUCUCCCGGCUCUGUGGUGCCUUAGCUGGACCAGUUAUUGUGGAGCCACAUGUCACAGCAGUAUGGGGAAAGAAUGUUUCGUUGAAGUGUUUAAUUGAAGGAAAUGAAACUAUAACACAAAUUUUAUGGGAGAAGAUACAUGGCAAAAGUGCACAGACUGUGGCAGUUCAUCAUCCUCAAUAUGGAUUCUCUGUUCAAGGAGAAUAUCAGGGAAGAGUCUUGUUUAAAAACUAUUCGCUUAAUGAUGCAACAAUUACUCUACAUAACAUAGGCUUCUCUGAUUCUGGACAAUACAUAUGCAAAGCUGUUACAUUCCCACUUGGAAAUGCUCAGUCCUCUACAACUGUAACUGUAUUAGUUGAACCCACUGUGAGCCUGAUGAAAGGGCCAGAUUCUUUAAUUGAUGGAGGAAAUGAAACAGUAGCAGCCAUUUGUAUCGCAGCCACUGGAAAACCAGUUGCACAUAUUGAUUGGGAAGGUGAUCUUGGCGAAAUGGAAUCCACUACGACUUCUUUUCCGAAUGAAACAGCAACAAUUAUCAGCCAAUACAAGCUUUUUCCUACCAGAUUUGCUAGAGGAAGGCGAAUUACUUGUGUUGUAAAACAUCCAGCCUUGGAAAAGGACAUCCGAUAUUCUUUCAUAUUAGAUAUACAGUAUGCUCCUGAGGUUUCAGUAACAGGCUAUGAUGGAAAUUGGUUUGUAGGAAGAAAAGGUGUUAAUCUCAAGUGUAAUGCUGAUGCAAAUCCACCACCCUUCAAAUCUGUGUGGAGCAGGUUGGAUGGACAGUGGCCUGAUGGUUUGUUGGCUUCAGACAAUACCCUUCAUUUUGUCCAUCCACUGACUUUCAAUUAUUCUGGUGUUUAUGUCUGUAAAGUGACCAAUUCCCUUGGUCAAAGGAGUGAUCAAAAGGUCAUCUAUAUUUCAGAUCCUCCUACUACUACCACCCUUCAACCUACAAUUCAGUGGCAUCCCUCAACUACUGACUUCGAGGAUCUAGCAACAGAACCAAAAAAAUUGCCCUUCCCAUUGUCAACUUUGGCAACAAUUAAGGAUGACACAAUUGGCACGAUCAUUGCUAGUGUAGUGGGUGGGGCUCUCUUCGUAGUACUUGUAAGUGUUUUGGCUGGAAUAUUCUGCUAUAGGAGAAGACGGACGUUUCGUGGUGACUACUUUGCCAAGAACUACAUUCCACCCUCAGAUAUGCAAAAAGAAUCACAAAUAGAUGUUCUUCAACAAGAUGAGCUUGAUUCUUACCCAGACAGUGUAAAAAAAGAAAACAAAAAUCCAGUGAACAAUCUAAUACGGAAAGACUAUUUAGAAGAGCCUGAAAAAACACAGUGGAACAAUGUAGAAAAUCUCAGUAGGUUUGAAAGACCAAUGGAUUAUUAUGAAGAUCUAAAAAUGGGAAUGAAGUUCGUCAGUGAUGAACAGUAUGACGAAAAUGAAGACGACUUAGUUUCACAUGUAGAUGGUUCCGUAAUUUCCAGGAGGGAGUGGUAUGUUUAGCAACCACUAAAUGUGACUUAACUAUGUACAAUGUUUCACUUCAUACUAGUUGAUCAUUUUCAGAUUGUUCAUACUUUUUCUUGAGGAAGAAUAAGCUUUUUCAACUUGAUUUUCAAGCUUACUUUUUAUAUUCUAAUUUGACAAAUGGAAAUGUAAAAUCUGGGUUCAAUGUAUCUGAGCUGCUUUACAAUUUUUUUUCAAUGCUGUACUACUGUCUCAAGAUUUAAAUUUUAAUGCAGAGUACUUUAUUGGUCUGAGGCACACAGGUAAGGAGAAAUGUCAACAUUAAAUGUAUGACUUUUUUGGUACAAAAAUUUAAAAAAGAAAAAAGGAAACUACCUUGGCAUUGUGUAUUAAAUGUUUACCUAAGACUAUAAUCUCAAAUAUAAUGUUUGUUAAACAUAUACCUCUCAAAAUUUAUCACCAUUAAAUGAUACUACAUCAAAAUUGAGUAUAAAACUAGUCCAAGAAAUGUUUAUAUAUAUUUUUAGUAUGCAAAAAAUUCAGCCUGGUGAAACACCUUUUCUUUUCAAACAUUAUUUUCUAUGUUUCUAUACAAGUGGAAUCUUUACCUCUGCAUUUUAAUGAGCCUUGCCAUAAUUACUGUAGAGUGGCUUUUCAAAGGUAUUUUGUUGCACUAAAAACUGUGGUAGUAAACUCAGUGAACAUGAUGUGUGGAAGAGCAUAAUUAGCUGAUCAAUAUUUUUGUCCAAAAUACAUACGAGUAAUAAAAACAUGCCUUUUAAACAUGAUAAUUACUACAAUUUUUUCAUCUCUGGAGGGCAGUGCUUAUAUUGUCAUGUGAACAUGGGUUUUGGUACAUGAAGUGGUAGUUUUGUUUUAAUGCUUUAUGUCCUAAAUAUAAGAAUAAUAAUGAAAAGAUGGUACAUAGUUUAAUAGAGCGCAGAGAGAGCUUUUCAGUAUAUGGGAAACCAUGGGUAAACAAGCAUUGGAGUAUCAUUUUUAGAAAUGAGACAAAUGUUUCAGCUAAGAGUCUGUGCAAAGAAUUUUGUAGACCAUCUUGUUUUAGUCUUAUAUUAUUGAUGUUCAAACGGGUAAAUAUAUAGGAAAAAAAUAAACUUGGAAAUUUGAGAUUUAACAAGAAAAGAUCUGAACUAUAGAACCAAUCACUAACACUUGUUGAUGGAUAUUGACAGACAACCCCCCUUUUCCUCCUAAAUGUAUAUGUGUGUUUCAAAAUUUUUGUUUUUCCAAUUAAAACUGGAAACAUCAUGAGGUUUUUUUGUUUUUUGUUUUUUACAUAAUUAAGUGUAUUCUUUCCAAAAAUCAUGUAUCUUUUGAAAAGAAAUCUUACCUAAAUCUUCAAAUGUGGAUCUUCUUUGUGAGGUGAUUAAAUUGCUUCCACAGUGGAGUCCUGUACAAUGAUAAUAGUGACAGCUAUUUUGAUACCCAAAGAAUGUUUUUUCUGUUAAUGAUUCAUUUGAAAAAAGGACUGUUUAGAAUUGCCUUAGAUGUUUUGCCAGGGAAUUGAAAUAGAAGUUAGUAGGAGAAUCUAAAUUAAAUAACUUAUUUUGUUAACGAAAUGGUAAAGUAGGAGCCUUUUUUUUUCCCACCUUCCCAACCACUCGCUUCCCAGUCCUCUUCAAAUCUAAAAAAAUGUUUUUGUAAGACACAGUUCUAAUGUGUUCAUACAAUUUUCCAAGUAGUGAAGGCUUUAUUUUCAGUAAUUAUAACCUAGUUUCCUUUAUUUUAACUAGCAGUAUUUUGUGGAAUUUUGAAUCUAUUUUAUUUCUCUCCCUCAAACACUUAGUGUAACAGUAAAGUAUUGGUUAAGGAUACAGUUAAGUUCACUGAUGUCUUGUUAAAAAUAUUUGAUUUAUGGUUUUAAAUAUAGCUAACCACUGGCAAAGAUUAAGACUCUUUGGUCCAAAUCAUUGGAAGAAAAACUUUCUUAAUAAUACCUUAUGAUUGAAGUGACUUUAUUUUUUUUAUUUAAAUGUUAGCAAUGAUAUAGUCAUAAGAAAGAUGAAUCUAAAACUUUUUUCCAUGGAAGAUGUAAAUUUGUGGCUUUUUUGAGCAAAAUCUCAUGUUUAGAGUAGUGGUUUGAAGUGAUACAUGAAUCAGAACAUUUAGAAUAUUGUAUAAAUCUCAACUUGAGUUCUAUUCUGAAGGAAAUUAGCAAUGUGUUUCAAGAACUGUAUUUUAAAAAUAUAAAUAUCUACUAAGUGAUCAUGAACUUCCUUUUAAAUUAUGGCCAUUGUGUGGUUAGGGUUUUUUGUUAGUUUAGCUUUUGUUGGUUCGUUUUGUUUUGUUUUGUUUUGUUUGGCAGUAGAAGGUGACAUGGAAAACUGCAAGUGAGUAUUUGAUAUAUUAUGUAUCCUUUCUAAAUCAUUUGGCAAGCUAAAAGAGAUCAGAAUGUUAAGAAUCUGAUACUAGUGCUUAAGACUCUCUGAAGUAUUGCACUGUUGUUUAUUAGAACUUUAUGUAUGUUUACUGUACAUAGACUUGUUUGUAAACAUAAAGUCAUUAAUAAACAUUUUGUUAAAUUAAUUUUUGAAUAUCAGUAAUGUGCACAGCUAAUUGAUGGGUUGAACUCACUCUCUUCUUGGAAAAGAUGGAAGAAUAGUUUUACUUUAUUUUGGCCAUAUUUAUAUUUAUUAACUUUAUAUUUGAACUGGUUUUUCAUUUUUGUAUUCACUUUAGAGUUUUCUUUCACAUUGGUGAAAAUACUUCAAUAAGACAAUGGAGAUGAAUUCAACUCUUUAUUUUUCCCUGCUUUUCCAUUUUCGUUAAAAUAUGUUGAAA